AUGUUUGGCCUCCUACCAGACCUCACCCCACGAGACUCGCACUCGAUCUGGUACACCUCCUCCCGCAACCCAAUCACCCAAGCCGCCCUCCUCGAAGCCCACGAAAACAACAGCCAACAUGGCUCCGCCCAACAGCAGCAGCAGCAGCAGCAACAACAACAACAGCAACAGCAACAAAACAGCUCCUCCUCCCGCCGCGCAGGCCAACUCCUCAUCGAGCGGUCCGCGCUAGCGCGCCUCCGCGCCGACGAGCACACAAUGGACCGCCGCAGGCUGCACGUGCAAAAUUUCGGUAGCACGUGGCUGAAGCCGCCCGGCGUGCCCAAGACGCUGCACCAGAUUCGCGAGGAGCGGCGGGAGCAGGAGGAGCACGCCGAGGCUAUGAGGCGGGAGCAGCUCGCGCUGGAGCUCGCUGAGGCGGAGGCAGGCGGGCAGGAUGAUGAUGGGGGUUUGGGAGUGCUUGGGGAAGGGGAGGAUGGGGAGCAAGAGGAGGUGAGGGAUCUGGAUGAUGAGAUUCCGGAUGCGGCGGAGGAGAGUUUUGGGUUUGAUGGUGGGGAGGAUAGCAUGGCGGAUGAUUUGUCGUCGAGUGAGGGGCGGCCUCUAUCUCUCGAUGAUAAUGAUGAUGAGGAGACUGAGGAGGAGGAGGAGGAGGAUGAUGAUGACGACGAAGACGACGACGCAACGGCCGUGGACGAGGAUGAGUACGAGAGGCGUGACGGCCUCGUCGCGGCGAGGAUGCGGAUGGCGGACGACGCCUUCAGACAGGCCAUGGCGCGGGGCGACGUCGACGGCGAUGACAUGUACGGCGCCGAAGAGGAGCUCGAGGCCUCGGGCCAGGGCCAGAUGCUCGACGAGGAGGACCUGCUCGAGGACGGCUUUGCCGCUGAGGGCCUUGUCGAUGACGAUGACUUGGGUAUGGGCGUCGACAUGGACGCCGACCUGGACGACGAGAUUCCCGAGGCCGAGGGGCUGAGCGGGGUGUAUGAGCAUACGGACUCCGAGGCUGAGGUGAGCGGCUUGACGAGUAGUGUUAUCAGUAGUGGUGGGGAGGAGGAAGACGACGACGACGACAAUGAUGAGGAAGGGGAUAUUAGUUUUGCACCGAGGGCUGCGCCUUUGAGGGCCCCGUUGAGUCCUACCGGGGAUCGGGGGAGGGGUAGCGCUGCUGCUGCUGCGCGGCAUCAUCAUCAUCAUCAUGUGUCGAGGAGUAGUUUGGAUCUCAGCGGGUUGCUUUCUGCGGAUGGGAGCAGUAUGAUGGACAGUAGUCCCAAUAUGAGGCCUCAUAGGCGUUGA